AUGAAAUUUACCCAUCUUCCAUGGGAAUUGGAAACAGAAAUACUUUCUAGGGUUCCGGCCACAUCUCUUAAAAAGUUGCGAUUCACUUGCAAAAGAUGGUACGCUUUAUCUAAAGACCCGAGCUUUAUCAAGAAGAACUUGAGUACUAAAGCAGCAACGCAGAUGGUCUUGAAGAAAGAUCAAUCGGUUUAUGCAUUUAGCAUCGAUCUCCAUAGAAUCCACAACAGGUAUGAUCAGUUCAUUGAGUUUACAGGUAAACUUGAGAGUCUAAAGGAUCCGGAACAUGUCGAGAUAUCUGAAAUCUCUCAUUGUGAGGGUUUGCUAUUAUGCACGACCAAAGACAAGAGACUCGUGGUUUGGAACCCUUGUACUGGCCAAACCAGGUGGAUACAAUCUAGUAAAAUGCACCAUUCGUGUUUUCUAGGAUACGAAAACAACAACAGAUCGUACAAUAGCUACAAGAUCUUGAGCUUUAGCUAUUAUCGCAACGACCAGGACGCCACAGUUGAGAAGUUUGAAAUUUAUGAGUUUAAGUCUGAUUCAUGGAGGGUUCUUGAUGUCGCUCACGAUUGGUUCGAUCGUUCCGAGGUUAGCGUGUCUUUAAAGGGAAAUGCUUAUUGGUUAGAUUCAGAUGAAGAAGACGGUGUGACCAUAGUCAGAGAAGAGAAACUCGCGGUGUUACGUCAGCUGUGGUUUGAUAUGGUUAAUGAUCUCAAGAUGAAGAUAUGGUUGACCUACACUAAGACUGAUGAGGCCAAAGGCUUGUCCUGGAGCGAAUUCUUAGUAGUGGAUUUCAAUAAACUUAAGAUAAAUGGUAUGACUAGGGCGUCGAGUUUCUUGGUGGACGAAGAGACUAAAAAGGUCUUGUGUUGUGAUACAGACAUGGACGAUGACGAUAGGACCAGAGUGUACGUUGUUGGAGAAGAUAUUCAUAAAGAUGUUUAUAGAGAGAUUCCAAAGGGAUCAGGGUCCCAUCAUCCUCCACUUCUCAUAAGUUAUGUUCCAAGUUUAGUUGAAAUUCCAACAAAGGCAGCUGUAGUCCUGGUUGCAAAGGAAAAAGGUGAUAAGUUUCAUUGA